AUCCAGCGAAGACGAAGAAGAACGAAAAAAAUCGACCUGUUGGGGGCGGAUUUUCUUUUUAGAGCCAAAAAGCCAAUAAAAGGCUUUCGGCGUUUGUGUUUGAAACCUAAACCGGGGGCAUCCCAAUUUCCUGCAAAUAGGAGUGAAAGUAACACAUUAACCAAGAAACGAGUGUAGACAAAAAUGCGACUUUCCUGACACUGCACCACUGCACACUAUUCCUAGCAGUCAAGAUGGAUGCAAGUGAGGACCAAAGCACCAGCACGAACAACAACACCACGCCGACCACAUCCACCACCACCAUCACUAAUGGAAACCCGCAAACUAGCAGAACCUCGCGGCCACCGCAGAUUGCUCACAUGUCUCUUUAUGAGCGACAGGCUGUGCAGGCUCUCCAAGCCUUGCAGAGGCAGCCGAACGCAGCGCAGUACUUCCAGCAACUCAUGCUGCAGCAGCAGAUCAACAACGCUCAGCUCCAUAACCUGGCUGCUGUGCAACAGGCUACACUUGCCGCUAGUCGCCAGUCCAACACCGCGAGUAACAGCAUCUCACAGGCGACCACCACUGUGAAUCUCAACACCACGUCGGCGGGGGGGACGGCGGUGACCCCUCGUCCGCAUGGCACAGCCACCUCCGCCACAACAACCGCCCUCAACCAGUCAGUGUUGUUGGGGGGGAACUCGCCAGGACAAGGGCAGAUGUAUCUUCGAGUGAACCGCUCUCUCAGGGCUCCUCUGGCCUCGCAACUCAUCUUCAUGCCAGGGGGCACAGCAACAGCGACUGUUGCAACAGUGGCCCAGACCCAGCAGCAGCAGCAGCAGACUGAAGCUCCUACCUCAGCCAGCGCCCAGUCCGACAGUGAUCAGGUGCAGAAUCUGGCUUUACACUGUGCAUCCACUCCCAGAGCGGUCUCCAUCAAGUCCGAGCUCUCAGAAAGAAAAGAGCCGAGCGCCUUUCCUCUCAGUCAGCAGCAGCAAGUUCAACCCCAGCAGCAAGCAGCCAAAUCGUCCGGCAACACGAUGGCCGUCAAAGGUUCCAACCAGCCCGGGAUGAGCGUCCCUCCUCCCGCAGCCUCGGUGGCCCCGUCCGCAUCCUCCUCUCCGGCGCUCCCCCUUUCCCAACUCCUCCUGUCGUCCUCGGCCGCCCCCGUCAUCCUGGUGCCCACCUCCAACGUGCCUACCUCCACCCAGGGCUACUCCAUCGGCUCGGUCGCCCCCAAAGCCAACGUCAACACGCAGACGCUGGUGGUGCAGCCCCUCCAGCAGGCCGGCGCUGCCGCGGCCGACAAAGGUCCCGUCCCCAUCCAGCCCAAGACGGUGCAUGGACACCGCUUACCUGUGCAGGUGUCCCCUCGUCAGCCGCUCCCCAUUCUGCCGGCGCCGCCCAGCGGCGGCCAGCCGGCCCACAACCCCCCGCAUAUUCCCGUGCAGCUGGUGGGGGCCAGGCAGUGCAUGGCGGGGAGCGUGCAGGCCGUGGCUCUGGCGCAGGUGCGAAGCGUGGCAGCCCAGGAGAAUGUGAACGCCGCCUCGCACAACACUUCCACAACUGUGAAUAAGUCUGCCAACGGCUCCUUGAAGAGGAAGUCGGACUGCGAUGCGCCCAACGAGACGAGUGCAGGAUCUUCAGAAUCUGCUCCCAUCAAAGAUGCCGCCCCUGCUUUAACUCCUGCACCGACGAAGGACUCAGCUCCUCCCCCUGCGGCCGCCUUCCCAUUGCCGCCCACCCUGUCCCUGCCGCUCUCGAGGGUGGGCCACGGCGACAAAGAGCGGGCGCCGCUCCCCCAGGCGGUGGUCAAACCUCAAGUCCUCACACACCUCAUCGAGGGCUUUGUCAUCCAGGAGGGAGCCGAGCCUUUCCCUGUCGCCGGGCUCCUCAAAGAUCGCGACUUUGCACUGGGCGCCCGCGCAGAGAACGGCCCACCUUUGUUGAAGUGCGAGUACUGCUCAAGCCUGGCGCCAGCCAAUAAAUUCAGAGGCUCCAAGAGAUUCUGUUCCAACACCUGUGCAAAGAGGUACAACGUAAGCUUCAGCAAACACUACAAGUCGAGCCGAGGACGAAGUGGCAACACGGGGCCGGUGCCGCUUCCGCCCGCAACCGAGAACGUGGCCCGACGCCGCGGGCCCCCUCGCCGCAGCAGCUCCAAUGGCAGCAAAUUGUCUGGCCAGCAUCAAAACGUCAAGUGCCGCUCGGACUCCAGCCGCUCGGAGGACGCGUCCAGCGACGGAGACGAGGAGGAAGAGGACGAAGAGGUGGACACCCCUUCCCUUUCUCCCAGCUCCUCCCACUCGCGCUCGUGCUCCAGAGCUGAGCAGGACGGCGUUCCUCAGUCGGACGCCGCCUCGGCUCCCGGGAGCCUCCCCAUGGAGGCGGCCGGCUUCCUGUCGGCCACUCCUGCCCAGUGGAGCGUGGAGGAAGUGUGCAGGUUCAUCUCGUCGCUUCAAGGCUGCGAGGAGCUGGCCGCUCACUUCCUGUCCCAGGAAAUCGACGGGCAGGCUCUGCUGCUCCUCCGCGAGGACCAUCUCAUCUCCACCAUGAACAUCAAGUUGGGUCCCGCCCUCAAAAUCUGCGCCUCCAUCAACAGCCUGCGCGAGUGACCUACUGGUGACUCGCUCUCCGCAUUGUUGUUUGUAUUUUGACACGACACUAGGACUGACAGUUUACAUUCUGGACCUCGAGUGUGCCAAAACAUGUUUGGCUUUUUUUUGGGCUGUAGUAUGAGUGACCACAUAAUCCAUGUUCAGUACGCUAACCUGAUUGUGACAACUUUAGUUUUGUCAACUCGUCAUGCGGUAGUGAGGUUGCCUACGCAAAAGACACGUUGCCUUCUUGCCGGAUUUAAAAUGGUGCUAAUUUGUUUUUGUUUUUUUGGUUUUUUUUAAAUGAGUUCCCGUCUGAUAAGAAGGAAGAUGUUCACAAGGGUUUCUAAAAGUUUAGUUUUGUAUCUUUUACAUUUUCUACUCAAAAGUAUUUUUCAUGGCAACUUUUCAGAGCCGUAACCAACUUACGAGGUGUGGUGGAAAAGUUCCAGGACUGGCGUCACAAAAGAUAGAGAAUGGUGCCUUGAGGUACGAGGUAAAUUUGUUCUGCGAAUACGCUUUUAACUCGCAUCUUAAAUGAUCUUCUCAUUGAGAUGAUUGGAAAUGCCUCUCAUCUCUUCCAGUUGCCCAAAAACAAAAAUCUUCAUGUGCUUUUUAGACCGGAAAAGAGCACUCUUGAAUGUACUUCAGACAAACAUGACAAAAUGAAACAGGUUUUGUUUCAAUUCAUUGCACAUUCCGCUUCUCUUUCUGGUGUGCCUGCCUUGGCCACCUCGGGGAAGUGGAAGACACAGUCUUUCAAAAAAAACAAAAUAAUGGAUUUGUUGUAAAGGAUAAAGAAUGCCUGGGAGGGGGGUAAGGGGGUCUCACAGCCAGGUCAGGUGAGGAGAUAGGUUACUCCAGCACCGCUAUGUUCUUCUCGGCCGGGAACUGGAGGAUGCUUGGGUCGCUUUUGAGCGGCGAGGAGUUGUCCUGCCACAACUCUCGCCUCUUUUCGCGCACUCAACGAAGCAAGCGCUGCAGGAUUGUCGGCCCAUGUUGAAAGGGCAAUACUUGUCAUUUGAAAUUUAUCUUAAGUAACACGGUACUGGAACUUUUGACAUCUCAUUGCUACCUGAAUAUGGGUUGAUGUGAGGCAGCCUUUCAUCUUCCUCCACUUGAACCACAGGCAGACGUCUGAAUAUUUAUUCACAUUUUAUUUGUCAUUCAGUUCAGGGUUCUUCACCGUGGAACCAUACACACGCACAAAAAAAAUGGCAUCUGCGACUUGACAUCGGCUGCAGGAAGUUGGUAAACAACGCAGACAAACUGUCAUUCCACAGCAUCCACUCCAACUGGAUGCCUUUCAAGUUUACAUCUGCUUCAAAGUGUGUAUUUCCUUUCGCCUAAACCUUAAAAACAUUUUCAUAGCGAAAGCUUAAUAAAAGUCUUGAGUAUACCACAUUUUGUUUCUCCUCGAUGUGCAAAUCGGAAUGUGUAACAGUUGUAGUGGGAAAGUGCACCAGUUAAAAAAAAAAAA